AUACACAUCAUGACAAGACCAAUGGAACUCCCAUACUCCUUUAAAAUGGCUCCAAAAUGUUCCCCUAUUCUAUACCCUUAAAAUUAUCUAACAUAUCAUCCAACACAUCAUCCAACAAAUCAAUUAGGCUACAGUUUGACUUGACUUUCGGAGAAAUUGAACCACCCAUCUCACUGUGUUUUGCGUGGGAUCAUUCCGUCUCAGCCUGCACAUUAAAUCUUUUAUCCUUGCAUAAAAGCUCACCAUGAGACUCAACAGGGUCACACACAUCUCCUCUCCUAAACCAUGACGCUUGUUAUUUCCGAGAUUAAACCCCCGAACGGGAUCCUCAAGUCGCUCUAUAUGUGCUUCACGGACAACACAAAACCAUCGCUAGUUAUAGCAAAGAUAAACCGCAUCGAGGUCCACGAUGUCACGCCAGAGGGCUUGCAGCUCGCCCACACUCUACCCGUGUACGGCAAAAUAUCCACCAUCGCCAGUUUCCAACCGCCUUUGUGUCUCAAACAUUGGCUCAUAGUGGUCACAGAGUCCGAUAAACUAUACAUCGUGGCCUAUUCCGGGCGAUUUGUGGUGAUGGAAGACGUCCAGUUCAGCAGCACGGGGUCCCAGUCGUCCAUCGACACCAGCUCGUUGGUGGCGGUGGAUCCACGGGGAGAAUUUAUCGUCAUCCACUCCUUUCAGGGGUACGUUCAAACCAUUCCCGUGAAUUUACGAUACCCUAAACGUUUCCAGGAAGCUACAAAGAAAGCGCAAUACGAGCGGCUCUUCCAAAGCACGGUGGUGUCUUCCAUCGGCGGCGUGAUGGUUCAGAAAAUGUGUUUAGUGCGGUCUGGAGACAAGUCAAUGCUUGCCAUAGCUGCAAGAGAUGCCAAUUUGAAGCACUUUUUCCGCUACUACGGAAUGUCUGGCCACAGGUUUUCUCUCCUCUACCAGUCACCAAACCUCACCAACGAAGUGACAGCGCUAGCGCCACUUACCCGUGGCGUUCUAUGCCUCACUUCAUACGAGCAGUUUAUAUUUCCAUUCCCAGAAGAAACCUUAGCCAGCAGCGAUAAGACCGUUGCGGAUAAAGGCGGGGUUCUUGUGAGACAGCUAUCCGAGCCCAUGGAACUACUUACCGCCACGAUUAUCGAUGAAAGGAUCAUAUGCGGCUCGGCUGACGGCCAGAUUUGUAUCCUCCACAUCCACACGGAAGAGUCUACGCUCAAGUCAUGGAGCUCCACAGACCUCGGGAAAGCGACCGUUGCCAACGACCUUAUCCACCUCAAUAAUGGCAUCUUUUUCGCGCCUUCGCAGCUUUCACGGUCUGUCAUUUUCCAGGUUCGUCCCUCCGCCCCGCAUAUAGAUAUCCUCCAGUUUGUGGCAUCCUCCCCACCUAUCUUAAAUGUGGAAGUGCAGAAUGACAACACCUGUUUGACGUUGGAUAUCUGCCAGGGCGGGUACAACUCGGGAGAAGUGGCGCGGAUCCAGAGCCGAGUAGUUACAAAGACUGUUCUCGGGCGAUUCAAAGGCGUGGGACCGUGCGCGAGAGCGUGGAGCUUUCCGAGGGCAGACGGCCGCUUAAUUGUGAUGAAGCAGAUAGAUGGCUGGAGAUGUUUGGAGCUUCUGGAGAAAGAGGCAAACUACGAGCUCAGGGAGGCUUCUCUACAAGACCCAAUGUUUGGCGGCUUGACUGGCAAAGAGACGGUUCUUGAUGUUUCCAUGGUGGAUGGCCGUUUGGUGAUAGUCACCGAUAAAAUCGACGGUGCCACCGCUUUCUUUGGGUGCUUGGUGGGGGACAAGAUGGUGUAUGUCACACAAAAUGCAAUAAAAGUUACCGAUCGGACAAUUCACGAGAUUAGCGCCUCAUCCAUCUCCGCCUUCCAUGCUUGUCUGAAUGACGGUGAACUAGUGGUUGCAGUUGGUUUAUGGGACAAUGCUGUCUUGGUGAUUACCGAAAAAAGUUCCUUUACGGUAAACUAUCUUCCGUUCAACGGCGCCAUCACCAGUGUAUUGCUUAAAGAAUUCCAUGGGGUGGUGAGCUUGGUGGUGGGAGAUGGAAACGGAAACUUGUAUCUCGUUCCAGAUAUCGAUUCCCCGGCGAUGGUCGCAGCGCCGUACCUGUUAGGCCCGUUCCGGGUCUUUGACCUCAAUGAGAAAUUCUGUGUGGUGACGCAGAGCGGCACGCUUGUCUUUUCUUACGACCCCGAGACUCUCACAGGGAGAAACUUGGGGGUAUCGGACGUGGUGCUCCCUCUCACCGACGGGGUGAUUCUAUCCUUCCAUGACCAGUCUCUUGAAAUCAUCAGGAUGCUCGAGUCUACAGCUAACACCAUCCGGACUUUGUUUCUUCCGGCAGAUUUGGUGCGCAAGAAGCUUGCCCUACGUGAGAUGUUUGUAUUGCUCACACAAAGAGAGGGCUCCACCCGGUUGAAACUCAUCCGGGACUCUGACUUCAAGGUCUUGGAUACGUUCACCUUUACCGAUGGCGUUGAGGGUACCGAUAUCUGCUCAGCGGAGUACCAAACAGUGCCCUCGCAGGUGAGUGAAUUGGACCAUCCAAUGUUCCCAGAGCUCCUCGGUUUGCUAGCCACCGGGUUUAUGGUGGCUACAAACUAUUCCAAUACCGUCUUGUCCUUUUUCGCGGUCAAGAACGAUAAGAUUGUAAAACUCUGUUCCAGCGAAGUUUUAAAGACCGGUCCGGGCCAUUCCGAGGCUGUUUUGGUCAAUUCAGUCCUCAACUUCCGCAACCUCUUUCUUGUCUGCGGAAACGUCACGGUGGGAUUCCAGUUGGUGUAUGAUAGUGACCAGGAUGCGUUUGCGCUUAUUCGUGUCACCGAUAACACCCCCACUCAUCAUUUUUCCUUGACCAUGAAAGCCUGGGGUCUGGAAAUCUACCUCGCUACUGUGUUGAACUCAGUGUAUUCUCUCAAGCUUACCCAGGACUUUUCCAAAACCGCGUCCUUAAAGAAGAGACAUUCACAUCUCAACCCGGUAGGACUCAAAUACUACGGUAUGGACCUCCAGAAGGUUGCUGUGCCACACCAAAACUUCUUGACUGCGCUCGAGGUCCUUCCAAGGGCUCUAAUCACCAGCGAUGCUACCGGGAAUGUCAUUAUACUGGACCGUAACACCUGGGAGACGUUAGCCAUGGUGAAUUUGGGCGACCAGGUAAACACCUUGAGUGGGAUUCGCGGCUUCACCCCGAGCAGGGACAAUCCAGGAAUGGUUCCGGUAGCGAUUGCGUGCACUGUAAACGGCGGGGUGUAUCUCCUCCAGCAAACAGAGGUGACUGAUUACGAUACCGUGAUGGAGGGGGUGUUGGAUAUGGUGGCACGCAAGCAAACUAUGGAGAGCAACCCCCGGGAGGCGUAUAUCGAUUACAGGGGGAUUUUACUCCGCAACGGGACAAAGACCGAGCCCUUCAAUUUUUUGGAGGUGGAGUUGCUCAGGGAGGCAAAGACCGAGAGAUGCGACGAAAUUUUAGCUACGAGCUAUAGCUUGUGAUGCAAAUCAGAUCCUGGAAUAGCAAGUCCUGGGAUAGCAAGUCUUGGGAUAGCAAGUCGUGGGAUAGCUAACCCUGGAAUAGCAUUGAUAAUUCCGACAACAUAACUCUUACAUAUGUUGAUUAGGGUCGGACGUGUACGGAAACCAUAAGUACUAAUGUUUUCAAAAUAUGCCCACACACGCUACGUUCAAUGCAUUAUAAAUUAUAUCGUAUUUCAU